AAAUUCCACAAACUGUCGCUGUCACAAAACCUUUACGUCGUUUCGCAAACUGGCUCCGAGAGGAGGAAAUAAUUGUUCGUAUUUUCACGUAUUUUUUCAUGUCCAUGCAGCUCGUGCGCUCUCUGUAUGGUCGGAAAGGUCGUCUCUGCGCGCGUGGAGCAUUUUAAAGCAGGAUUAAAUCAGAUUCGGAUUUGUUAGUGGGAGAUAAAAUCAAUUAAACAAACUAGGAAAACCUGUGGAUAUUAUUCUGCGUUGGUGGAUUUGUAACUUUACUUUUGGAGCAGCAGUUUUUUUUUUCCGGCUUCUCCAUCCAGAAAAAAAAGGCACGUGAAGGAAGGACCAGGGCUGAAGAAGGGCUCGUGGUAGUGAGUGAGUUAGAGAGUGAGUGCGCGCUCCCGCUCUCUGCUCGUUCACGGGACGAGAUGCGACUGCAGGUGCUCGCGGUUCUCCUCCUUUCUCUACAAGGAGCUGCUACUCAAACUCAAGAAGUUUGCCCAGGGACCAAGAAUGGUUUGAGUUUUACUGAAAGCCCUGUGCAGCACUACAAUAACUUGAAGGAACGCUACAGUGGCUGUGAGAUCAUCAUUGGCAACCUGGAAAUCACCCUGAUGGAGCGUGACUACAACUUCUCCUUCCUUGGAACUGUUCGAGAAGUGACGGGCUACGUCCUCAUCGCUACAAACCAGUUUCACCGCCUUCCUUUGGAGCAGCUGCGAGUGAUCCGUGGCAGCACGCUGUAUGAAAAUAAAUGGGCCCUCUCUGUCUUCCUCAACUUUGAUGGCCAGUACGGACUGGUGGACUUGGGCUUCACUCAUCUCACAGAGAUCCUGGUUGGAGGAGUGCAGAUUGUUAAUAAUAAAUACCUGAGCUAUGCUCCCUGGAUCAACUGGCAGGACAUAGUGAGAGACAGCAGUGCUCUCAUCGAAAUCAGUGACAAUGGUCAAAAAGCAUCAUGUCAUCCUGAUUGUGGUGGUUACUGCUGGGGUCCAAGUAAGGAUCAGUGCCAGAUCUUGACUAAGACCGUGUGUGCGCCGCAGUGUCACGGCCGCUGUUUCGGUCCCAGUCCUCAGCACUGUUGCAACACUGAAUGCGCAGGAGGCUGUACAGGGCCUAAGGAAACUGACUGCUUUGCAUGCCAGCAUGUGAGCCAUUUGGGAGCAUGUGUGCCUCACUGUCCACAGUCACACAUCUACAACAAACAUACUUUCCAGCUGGAACCCAAUCCAGAUGCCAUGUACCAGUACGGUUCAAUCUGUUUGCCCAAAUGCCCUGAUCACUUUGUAGUGGAUGGCAGUGCGUGUGUAAGUGCCUGUCCUCCUGAUAAAAUGGAAGUCGAGAAGAAUGGCACGAAGCACUGUGAGCCAUGCAAUGGACUCUGCCCAAAAGUGUGUGAGGGCACAGAUCCCAGUAAGAGCAACAGACAGACAGUAGACUCCAGUAACAUUGACAGUUUCAUCAACUGCACUAAGAUCCAGGGCAGCCUACAUUUUCUUGUCAUGGGUAUUAAUGGGGAUGUCUAUAAUAAGAUACCUCCUCUAGACCCAGAGAAACUCAGAGUCUUCAGCACUGUACGAGAAAUAACAGGAAUUUUGAGUAUUCAGUCAUGGCCUGCAGAGCUGAAGGAUUUAUCAGUUUUCUCUAAUCUCACCACUAUACGUGGAAGGUCUCUUCACCUCACAAAAAGACCCUUCUCUCUGUUAGUGAUGAAGGUGGACUCUCUGACAUCUCUAGGUCUGCAUUCUCUGCAAGAGAUCAGUGAUGGCAGUGUGUACAUUAGCAAUAACACAAACUUAUGCUACCAGCACACCGUGAAGUGGCAGCAGAUCUUCAUUGGCAACCAAGUAAAGCGCCGACGCCAGUUAAACGACAUCAAGUUCAACAAGCAGCCGAGCCAGUGUGAGGCUGAGGGUCAAGUGUGUGAUCCGCUGUGUUCGAGCUCAGGCUGUUGGGGCCCCGGACCUGAGCAGUGUCUUUCCUGCAGGAAUCACAGUCGUCAUCAUACCUGUGUGGCCCAUUGUAAUAUCUUCUCUGGAGAGUCACGGGAGUUUGCAGGUCCAUCAGGAGAAUGCCGUUCCUGUCAUCCUGAGUGUCUACCACAGGAGGGAAUAGAGACCUGCAGAGGAGAGGGAGCAGAUAAGUGUGUAGCAUGUGCUAACCUAAUGGACGGUCCUCACUGUGUGUCCUCCUGCCCUUACGGAGUAACCGGAGAGAGGGGACAGGCCAUCUUUAAGUACCCAGAUAGUAUAGGACACUGCCAGCCCUGCCACCCGAACUGCACAAGCGGAUGCACCGGCCCAUCUUUGAGAGACUGCAUGGAUGCUCGUCUCACAGCGGACAGUCCUCAUAUUGCAGCUAUAGUGAGCGGAGUGUUGGCUGGUCUCAUCGUGUGUUUGGCCGUCGUGGUGAUGGCGUUGCUGUACCGCCGUAGCCUGUCCAUCCGACGCAAGAGAAAGCUCAGGAGAUACCUGCAGAGUGGCGAGAGCAUUGAGCCACUGGAUCCAGGUGAGAAAGGGACAAAAGUUCACGCCCGCAUCCUGAAAAGUUCAGAACUUCGCAAGAGCAAACUUCUGGGAUCGGGUGUCUUUGGUACCGUCCACAAGGGUUUCUGGAUACCUGAGGGAGACUCUGUGAAGAUUCCUGUCGCUAUAAAGACCAUCCAGGACCGCAGCGGCCACCACGCUUUCGCUGAGAUUACAGAUCACAUGCUGUCUAUAGGCAGUCUGGAUCAUCCGUACAUCGUGCGUUUGCUCGGAAUCUGUCCCGGACAAAGCCUGCAGUUGGUCACCCAGCUCAGUGCUCAAGGCUCCCUGCUGCAACAUCUGCGGCAAAACGCAAACAACUUGGACCCCCAGCGUCUCCUCAACUGGUGUGUGCAGAUAGCCAAGGGCAUGUACUACUUAGAAGAGCAUCGCAUGGUCCACAGGAACCUUGCUGCUCGUAACGUGCUGCUGAAAAGCGACUACAUCGUGCAGGUUUCCGAUUUUGGCAUUGCAGACCUGCUCUAUCCUGAUGACAAGAAAUAUGUCUACAAGACUCCAAUUAAAUGGAUGGCAUUAGAGAGUAUCCUGUUUGGAAGAUAUACUCACCAGAGUGAUGUUUGGAGUUAUGGUGUGACAGUGUGGGAGAUGAUGUCACAUGGGGCGGAGCCAUACACGUCCAUGCAUCCUAACGACGUCCCGGGUCUGCUGGAGAAGGGCGAGCGUUUGGCCCAACCACAGAUCUGCACCAUCGACGUCUACAUGGUCAUGGUUAAGUGCUGGAUGAUAGACGAGAACAUCAGGCCGACCUUUAAAGAGCUGGCUACUGAGUUUACCCGAAUGGCAAGGGAUCCUCCCCGCUACCUUGUUAUCAAGAAAGAUCAAAAUAGUGCUGCGGCAGACGAGAGUCAUCUGCGAGACCCUAAGCUUGUGGAGGUAGAGCUUGAAAGUGAAGACGAUGAGGUGCUCGAUGAUGGGUUCGCCACUCCUCCUUUCCACAUGUCUCCAUCCAGGAGUCAUUCUCGCAUGCGCAUGGGCUCGUAUAGGAGCGCUUCAGGACAGUCUGUGCCUGUGGGAUAUCUGCCCAUGGCCUCAAGUACUGGAGAUGACCUCAGACAGCCGUAUUCCCAGAGGAACCGUCUAGGCUCAACGAGAACCACGUCUGAAAGCUCAGAAGGCAGGGGCACUAUGGUGGACAUGGAAAUGUGCGAGAUCAUCUCUCAGACAGGAAGCCUACGCAGGGGACACAGCCGAGGAGACAGCGCGUAUCUGUCCAAUUGUGUGUCUGUCACAUCUGAUCCUUUUUCUCCAGGAAUAGAGGUGGAUGAGGAGGGAGCAGAUGGGUAUAUUCUACCAAGAAGUUCCUACAAUUCAGGAAGAGAUGUUCUGGUAUCUCGAUCCAGUUCCAGAGCCAGCCUUCGAAACAUCCGUGCAUUGAGAAACAGCAAGAGUCAACCGCACGCUAUCCCAGAUCCGUCGCAAGAAUAUGAGCUGAUGAGCAAACAACCCGCUGUAGCAAACAACCUUCACUCACCGGAAGACGGAAACUGCAACGGCUCGGCCAAUCUUCCCGUCUCCCGGCAGACUCCUUGUACCGAUCUUCUUUCGCCACACGUGGCUGUCCAAACACAAACGCCUGGCACUACUGAUGAAAGUGAGGACAAGCCCCUGGCAGUUGCAAUAGACAAUGUGGGAGCAUCUGAUAAAGAGCCUUCUGAAGACAAUGCUGACAAUGCAACAGCUCUGGUGGAGGAGCAGCCACAGCAGGCUGUGGUUGAGUACGAAUACAUGGACAUAAGAAAUGAAACAAUGUCAGAAAAUGCCCAAGGCAGCUCACACGAACCCAAAGAAGAUGGCAUCUACCAGAACACUCACGAGCUGUCUGCUCCGAAGGGGAACAAUAGAAGGAGCCGAAAGACGGCAGAGGAAGCAGCCAUCACCGAGCAGCCAGAUGAAUACGAGGACAUGAACGCGUGUGGGAAGGUUUGUACAUCAGGUGUUCGGCUUGAGUACCAGAACUUUCCAGCCAAAGGGAGAAUGGUGUCAGGAGAAGAGCCACACAGAGCCAAAAUGAGAGCGUUCGGAGGCGCGUGUGCAGGUGUGGAUGAAAAGAACAGCAGCACAUCUUUUGACAACCCAGACUACUGGCACAGCAGACUUUUCCACAAACCAGAUGCUGUAUGCACAUAAUAAACCAUCACCUCAGUGAUGUCGAAUCCUGAACUUUGGCAGCUGGUAUGCUCACCGGAGACCUAAUCUCAAAAAAAUUUGUAGCACACAUUAAGAUUAAAAUUAGACAUGUACACAGAAAUGUAUAUAUUGUUUCAUACAUUCUCUUGACUAUAGCAUUGAUUUGGAGAGUAAAACUAUAAAAUGUGUCUCUUUGAAUUCAAUACGGUUGUGAUUAGCUGAAAUUAAAAUGAAAGAUUCUUGAAAAUUCUUACCUGUGAAAACUUUCUCCUCACUUUCUGGCAGCUGUCAAUAAAAUAUCUACUCAGUGGGAAAAAAACACAA